AAUCUAAAUUUAAACAAAGAAGAUAAAAAAAGAUGAGAACUUCUUCUCUUCUUUCUUUGUUCUUGAUCGUCUCCGUCUUGCUACUUUCUCAAUCCCACAUAAUUUCAAGCAAGACCGGAUCCACGAUCAAACCAUUGGAUCGUAAACUAGUUGAACAUGAAGAGUACCCGGAAGGUUCGUCUCACGGUCAUCAUCACCAUGGCCAUCUUCGAGCUUUCGUGAAGAAAAGCAAGAAGUCCAAGAAGAAGAAGAAGUCAUCGGCUACUAGAAAUCUUCUCUCUAGCCCACUUACUUAUCUAUCUACUGUUGUGACUUCAUUUGUUCUACUGCUCGCUGCAUUCUAAUCCAUUUACCAAGAUAUUAGGUUGCGGCUUGUGGUUCUAAUUGCUUUUAAUUUCGCGUCAAAUGGUUUGAAUUUACAUGCUUGAUUGAGUUUGUAUUUGUGAUUGUUUGUUUUAUUCUUGGGGCGAAAGUUUGUUAACUCUCUAACACUUGAAAAUUGUUUUCCCUGAUUGUCUAUUAAUGUGGUUCUUGUUAACG